AUGUGGGUGUGGUCGGAAACCGUCAACCGUGAUCGCAAGGCUCCGAAGCUGAAACACAUAUAUCGAGACGCCUCCAAUGCCCUAACGAUGCGCAUAAACAACUCCCCUCGCGCAUUCUCGAAACGCCGCCGGAACAUGUUCAAGCGGAAACCGCGGGUACUCUGCAAAGUAGUCCUCGUCGCCGAUGUGCAGCUACGUGAUCCCGAUCAAUCACCGCUCGGUGGACAACUCGUGGAGGGCGAUGUAUCGCCUGUUGUUCCACCAUACGCAUUAAUUACAUGUGAUUAUUGCACAUCAACAACACUCACUCACUCCAAAAAUGCAGUGGAUUCCAGGCAAGAGCUUUUGGAUGCUCAAUCCCAUGUUUGGAAUCUCAUAUACAACUACAUAAGUUCAAUGUCCCUUAAAUCCGCAAUUCAAUUAGGCAUACUAGCCGACGCCCUCUCCAUCAACAAAGCCAAAUCCCCCGCCCUCUUUCGCCUUAUGCGAAUUCUUGUCCAUUCCAAGAUCUUCGACAAGGUUAAGAUCGAACAUGAGGAAGAGGCCUACUCGCUCACCAGGGCUUCACGUCUCUUGCUGAGAGACGAGCCCUUGAGCUUCGCCCCUCUCGCACUUGUCGGGAUUGAUGCGAUCAUAGUGGAUCCAUUCCAUCAUAUGGCCGAAUGGUUUAAAGAUGAAUUCCCAACUCCGUUCUUCACCAGAAACGGGAAAACUAUGUGGGAGUUUGGAGAGAAUGAUGAGGGUUGGAACAAAGUGUUUAAUGAGGGAAUGUCUAGUGAUUCACAUUUUGUGAGCAGCAUACUUGUUAAUGAAUGCAAGCAUGUUUUUGAGGGUUUGAAGAGUGUAGUGGAUGUUGCUGGGGGCACCAGGGUGGUGGCAAAGGCGGUAGCUGGGGCGUUUCCAGGCUUGAAAUGCAUUGCGCUCGACCUUCCACAAGUGGUUGAUGGGCUUGAGGGAUCUGAGAAUCUUAGGUUUGUAGGUGGUGACAUGUUUGAGUUCAUUCCUCCUGCUGAUGCUGUUAUACUCAAGUGGAUACUCCACAACUGGAGUGAAGAAGAUUGUGUUAGAAUAUUGAAAAAAUGCAAAGAAGCAAUAGGUGGGAAUGGUGGGAAAUUGAUAAUUGUGGAUAUGGUUAUAGAUUGUGAGAAACAAGAGCAUAGUGCCUUUCAGACUCAGCUGCUUUUUGAUGUGUUGAUGAUGACUGUGUUGGCCGGAAAAGAGAGAACUGAGAAAGAGUGGGCUCACCUCUUUUCUUCAGCUGGCUUCCAAAAUUAUAAAAUCACUCCUAUAUUGAAGUAUUUCCAUGAUUAUCUUAUAAUCUUGGUGCAUGUUUCGGUAUUCCUACUAGUUAAUUCUUCAAUUUGUAGUAGUAUAUCCUAAUUUAUCUUUUUAUUUU